AAAACAAAAAACUGCCCCCACCGUCGUUGUCUAAAAAUAUAUUAUAUUAAAAUAAUUGGCAAAGACGAAGACGAAGCACCCUCAUCUCCGUCGUUUGUCUUUAAAACCUUUUGCCAUUACCAUCUUCGCACGUUGAAUAUACGUCGACUUUAAACAUCUUCCAAUCUCUGAAAGCCCCUCUCUUUUCUCCAUUUCGUGCUUCAUCAUAUUCGUCGUCGCUUCGGGUCUUACCUCUCAUGGAAGGGAACUUCUUCAUCAGGUCUGAUGCUCAACGAGCACAUGACAAUGGCUUCAUAGCCAAACAAAAACCUAAUCUCACCACGGCUCCAACAGCAGGUCAAGCUAAUGAAAGUGGCUGUUUUGACUGCAACAUCUGUUUAGACACAGCCCAUGAUCCGGUGGUCACUCUCUGCGGGCACCUUUUCUGCUGGCCUUGCAUUUACAAGUGGUUACAUGUUCAGUUAUCUUCUGUCUCCGUUGAUCAGCACCAGAACAAUUGCCCUGUUUGUAAAUCCAACAUUACUAUCACCUCUUUGGUUCCUCUCUAUGGAAGAGGCAUGUCUUCGCCUUCUUCCACGUUUGGCUCCAAGAAACAAGACGCACUGUCCACUGACAUACCCCGCAGACCUGCUCCAUCAGCCUUACGCAAUCCGAUUACCUCAGCAUCAUCUCUGAACCCAAGCUUGCAACAUCAAACUCUGUCUCCUUCAUUUCAUAAUCAUCAGUAUUCCCCUCGUGGCUUCACCACAACCGAAUCAACCGACCUUGCCAAUGCUGUAAUGAUGAGUUUCCUCUACCCUGUGAUUGGAAUGUUUGGAGACCUGGUCUACACCAGGAUAUUCGGGACCUUCACAAACACAAUAGCUCAGCCUUACCAAAGCCAGAGGAUGAUGCAGCGUGAGAAGUCUCUUAAUCGGGUAUCGAUAUUCUUCCUUUGUUGCAUCAUCCUUUGCCUCCUUCUCUUCUAGCUCUCUCUCUCUCUCUCUCUCUCUCUCUCUCUCUCUCUCUCUCUCUCUCUCUCUCUCUCUCUCUCUCUCUCUCUUCGUGUAUAGUACGUGAUGUACAUAGGCUGUAAAACUCGAAUUUACUGUGGUAUAACCACUACUGCAGACACCGUUGUUCCGAGUUAGGUCUCAAAUUGCAGGCCAAUAUCUUGUUGUGUAUUACAAAGAUAUCGAU